UGACGGUACGCGGCGGCGUUUGACUGACAGCGUCGCUGCCCAAUGAGGACGCGGGAGGCGGGGGACUGAGCCGGACCAGCGCCGCCGCCAUUUUGUCAGGACCGCGCGGCGGACGGGGCGCAGGUUGGGCGAGAUGGUGAAGCUGUUCAUCGGGAACCUGCCGCGGGAGGCGACGGAGCAGGAGAUCCGCUCCCUGUUCGAGCAGUACGGGAAGGUGCUGGAGUGCGACAUCAUCAAGAACUACGGCUUCGUUCACAUCGAGGACAAGACGGCGGCCGAGGACGCCAUCCGUAACCUGCACCACCACAAACUGCACGGCGUCUGCAUCAACGUGGAGGCCAGCAAGAACAAGAGCAAGGCCUCCACCAAACUGCACGUCGGCAACAUCAGCCCCGCCUGCACCAACCUGGAGCUGCGGGCCAAGUUCGAGGAGUACGGCCCCGUCAUCGAGUGCGACAUCGUCAAGGAUUACGCCUUCGUUCACAUGGAGCGGGCGGAGGACGCGGUGGAAGCCAUCCGCGGGCUGGACAACACCGAGUUUCAAGGCAAGCGGAUGCGCGUGCAGUUGUCCACCAGCCGGCUCCGGACGGCGCCCGGGAUGGGAGACAAGAGCGGCUGCUACCGCUGCGGGAAGGAAGGGCACUGGUCUAAAGAGUGCCCGGUAGAUCGCCCGGGGCAAGUGGCGGACUUUGCCGAGGCCUAUAACGAGCAGUACGGAGCCGUGCGCACUCCCUACACCGCGGGCUAUGGGGAGACCGUGUAUUACGAUGAGGCGUACGGCGGGAUGGCCGACUACUACAAGCGCUACCGCGUCCGCUCCUACGCCACGGCCUCUGCGUACGACGCCUACGCGGAGCAGACCAUGGCCCAGUACUCCCAGUACGCCCAGUACUCCCAGGUCCAGUCCUCGGCCAUGGCCGCCACCACAGCCAUGGCCAGUCGCAUCCCCACCGCCCUAGACGCGUACGAUAGAGCUCUGCUGCCGACCCCGGGCGCGGCGGCCGCCGUCGCCGCCGCCGCCACCGCCGCCGCGGCGGCCGCCUCCUCCACCUAUUACACCCGGGAUAGAAGCCCCCUGCGCCGCACGGCCGCCGCGGCCACCACCGUCGGAGAGGCGUACACGUAUGAGCGUGGGCAGCUGUCGCCGGUCUCCUCGGUGGCCCGGGCCUCCCUCUACGACAUGCAGCGGUUCGGGCGGGACCCGUACGCGGACCGGGCGCGGUACUCUGCCUUUUGAGCCGGAGGUAAGAUAUUUGCGGCUGGACGUCGGGUUCCCGUCGCACACCGAAUCGGCACCGCGCGUCUCGGGCUGCGCCGGGCUUCAAAGCGCAGCCGGGUUCAGCUAACGAGUCGGUUCCUAACGGACGCUCAGCUUCUUCCCAG